AUGGGAUGUGCGACGGCCCAGGGUGGGGCAGAGGAUGAAGGGGAGGCAGAGGCCGGCUGGAUCGAGGGGGCGGCCAUCCUCCUCUCGGUCAUCUGUGUGGUCCUGGUCACGGCCUUCAAUGACUGGAGCAAAGAGAAACAGUUCCGGGGCCUGCAGAGCCGCAUCGAGCAGGAGCAAAAGUUCACCGUGGUUCGGGCUGGCCAGGUGGUCCAGAUCCCUGUGGCCGAGAUUGUUGUUGGGGACAUCGCCCAGGUCAAAUAUGGUGACCUCCUCCCUGCUGAUGGCCUCUUCAUCCAGGGCAACGACCUCAAGAUUGAUGAAAGCUCCCUGACGGGGGAGUCUGACCAGGUGCGCAAGUCCGUGGACAAGGACCCCAUGUUGCUAUCAGGUGAGAUGUGGCCCAACGGUGAGCUCACUCCCAUUGCCGGUUCCUGCCUCUAUGCUUCCGGGGUGGAGGG